AUGAAAUGUGAUUUUCUCUUUCAGGUAAUUAGAUACGUAACGAGAGAUGACUUGUUUGACUUGAAUACGACAAUUAUAAUACCAUUGAAUGCAUACAUUCUGAAAAUGAUUGGCAAAUUAGAUUCAGUGGACGUAAAUUUCAGCUCCAUUAAUCCUAUCAAUUUGCUUUUGACUCUAAACAAAACAAAACCAGAAAUGAUACAUUUCAAUCGAUUUUCUGAAGCUAGCACACCAGUAUGGUUCCAGUUCCACUCAGCCAUUAAGUUAUUGGCACUCUUCAUCAUUUUAUACUUGGUUUUACAUGUUGUACUGAUGGCAUUUAUCAUAUGUGAAAGGAUUUGGCGUCAUUGGCGUGACAUGCUGGGGACGUGGCGAGAGAAAGCAAUUACUAAAGCAGAGUUUCAUACAAUUGCCGAAAAAAUACAACAAAUACGCGGACUGCAGGCUUUAAGAGUAGCAAAUGAAGGUGAACGGAAAUUGUUCAGUCAGAUUUGGAAUGAGCUUCGCGAUAAAUAUCAGCCAAGUCGAGGAGAUAAAGUUGAAGUUCUUUUCCCAAAUGAUUUCAAUGACAAGAAUGUACCACAAAACAUUAAACCAUAG